GCAGACACCAUGGAGGUGGCACUGAUCUUUCUGUGCAGCAUGCUGGCUCCCACCGUCCUGGCCAGUGCUGAGCAGGAGAAUGAGAAGGACCCUUUCCAUUAUGACUAUCAGACGCUGAGGAUUGGGGGCCUGGUGUUUGCCGUGGUGCUCUUCUCGGUGGGGAUUCUCCUUAUCCUGAGUCGCAGAUGCAAGUGCAGUUUCAAUCAGAAGCCCCGGGCUCCAGGGGAUGAGGAGGCCCAGGUGGAGAACCUCAUCACUGCAAAUGCAACGGAGCCCCAGAAAGCAGAGAACUGAAGUGUAGCCCUCGGGUAGGAAGCCUCCAGAACCUGAACGGAGCUGCUUGAACCUUUAGAUGCAAAUGUUGAUGCUUAAGAACACCGGCCACUUCAGCAGCAGAUCUUUCCCCAGGAGAAGCCAAGAACAUAUGUGUCCCCCUGGCCCCCUCCCCAUCCCCACAACACGGUCCGCAACUUAAUGAUGCAACUAACACCCGCCUCCCCUGCCCACAGCCUGCGGUCCCGUCCACCUCCUGUGACGUGUCUGUGUGUGUUUGAUGACCGUGGUCUCUGUGGCUGCUUGUUUGUGGAUGAUGUUGUAUUUUAGUGACCCUGGACUCACUUUCCUGGGCGGGUGCUGAGCCGUGUCGCCAUCAGCCCCUCCCUGCUCCCCGGUGCCCCCCACCCCCUGAUCAUCUCCCACUCCCGGGAGCCUGCUUUUUCCCUUGAGAGACCAGUCCCUUCUCUUGAUGUAGGGGUGGGUGUAGAUAGGGGUAGGGGGCAUGGGUGGGGGUCUCCAGUUGUCUCGGGACUUGGGAAGGUUUACAUCACCUUCGUGAUCCCUCUUCACAUGGCCUCUCUUCGCUUCCUUUGCAAGAGCCUGGCUCCUGAAUUCUAACCCUGACCCGAGUCUGUUCUGGGGUCUCUCCGCAAUCAGAGGGGCGCAGCAGGGAGCUGGUGAGCCCAGUUUUGCCUCCGGGCAAGCUCUGCGCCAUCCAUGGUCGUUUCCUCUUGGGGCUUCCACCACGGAGUCCUCAUCUGCCCCUGCACCAAGGAAGGCAGAGCAGCCCGGGAUCCCGGGGCCAGGGCUUCUACUCUGCCCCUGGGGAAUGUGCCCCUUGCAUAUCUUCUCAGCAAUAACCCUGUGGGCUCUGGAACCCUCCUCCUCUCCCCUGUCGUCCCUGCUUCUGAGACUCCCAGCUACAGCCCGGCUCUUCUAGACUCAGAUUCCUGUCCCUGAAUGAGGUCUCUGGUAGGCAAGGGCUGAGAGGAUCCACUCUGUUGGGGCCAGCACUCUGGGGGCGGGGGCGGCAGGGGGAGCAGGGGUCCUUUGCUUCUCUGCCCCCCGUCCCACUGCUCAGGCAGCAGCGAUGACUCCUGCACCGUUGGCCUGUCGCCGAUUAGAGCGGCAAGUGUGGCAGCUGGGCUGCAGGUUAGAGACCGGGCAGGUCCGCGCAGCCCUGCUGCGGAGGGAACAGCAAGAGGCUGAAAGUCAGGAAGGAUGGCAAGUCCAGCCAGACCCCGCCCGUCCCAUCCAUCGUGUUCUCGUGGAAACUAACCAAACCGCGCCGCUGUGACCGGGACUGCUGUUCUCCGUGUUGUGAUCUAUCCUCUCAACAGCAAAAAGGAAUAAAAUACCAUUUGUUUCCUA